AUGGCCGAUCAUCAUGUUGAUGAGCCGCCUAACAAGCGAGCUAAAAUGAUUAGGGACCCUUUUCAGGGUCCCUCAGACACCGCGGAUGGGUUUUCGAACCUCGACAUGUUCGACCUGGAAAAAGACCUCCCUGAUGAGUUGAUGGCGGGGUCCUGGGGUGAACAGCCUGGUGUCACUGGCCCCAAGCCACCGGCACAGGGGCCUGGUCCUGGGGCGCAAAUGGCGCCGCAGCAGCAGCUCAAUGGGGAUGACCCUGCAGCAGCUAUGCACAGACAGAUUAACAAUCAUCUGAUACAACAAGGCAAGAGUGGUUUAGUUGGCCACAACAAUCCAUUAGGAUUGGGCACACUGGGGAGCAAGAGCCCAAACUUGCAGUCACCACCUAAUGUGUCUGUUUCUAAGGACCUGAUGGGUAGCCUGCACCCGCAGCUAAUGCCAAAUACAAGUCAUCCCAAUCAACUGCACUCAAAUAUGCCCAUGAGUUCCAUCCAAGGUGGAAUGAAUGUAGCAAAUGUUGGAGGCAAUAUGAUUGUGACAAACAGUAACAUGACUGGUGCUGGGAUGCUUGGCAGUGGAAUAAUUAACAAUGUAAAUAAGCAGCUCCCCACGCUCAUGACUAACAAUCAUCAUGGAUCGGCGCCUCAUCACCCGCACGCCCAAUUGUUGCAGGUGAUGCAGAACGGGCCGCUGGGCGGGCGCGUGGGCGUGGGCGUCGGCGUGGGCGUGGGCAUGCAGGCGGGCGGGAUGCGCGCGGCGCUGCAGCACCACGGGCGGAUGGCGGCGCCCGGCGGCGGCGGCCACCCGCUCGCGCCGUACCACCCCACGUACGGGCAGUCGCCGCCGGCGCGCUGCCCGCCCGGCGUGCGCUUCGGGCCGCCCGACGCGGGCGCGCCGCCGGCGGGGGGCGCCGCGCCCGCCGUGCCGCCGGCGCCCUCGCCGCAGACGCCGGGCGCGCCCGCCGGCGGACAGUCGCAGCCGCAGGCCGCCACGCAGGCCGCCGCGCCGCCCAGCGGCUCCAUCGCGGACCCUGAGAAGCGCAAGCUGAUCCAGCAGCAGCUGGUGCUCCUCCUGCACGCGCACAAGUGCCAACGGCGCGAGUCGCAGUCGCAGAACGGCGAGACCUGGCAGUGCACGCUGCCCCACUGCAAGACCAUGAAGGGCGUCCUCAACCACAUGAUGUCCUGUCAGGCGGGGAAAAAUUGCUCCGUGCCACACUGCUCCUCAUCAAGACAAAUAAUAAACCACUGGAAACACUGUAACAAGAAUGACUGUCCUGUAUGUCUGCCAUUAAAGCAGGCUGAUAGGACUAGAAUCAAUCCAAUAAAUCCGAUAGUGUCGGGCGCGGCGGGCGGAGGGGGGCGGCGGCGGGCGGGGCGGGCGGCGCGGGCGGCCUCGGCGGUGCGCAGCUCGCUGGGGGGGCGGGCGCGCCCGCGCCGGGCGACA